AUGGAGUCUGACGCCGAAGUGAUCCUUUCCACCGAUGAGGUGUUGAAGUUGUUUGGGACUAUACAGACUGCUGUUGAUGCAACUAUUUCUUCUUCCACUUUUCUCUUCAACAAAGUUGAACAGAAGGAUGAAGCCCUAGAGUUUGGACAAGGAUUGUCAUUGCUGAAUCUGCGGCCGCACCUCUUGCUGUCAUCACUACACCAGCUCGUCAUCCUCCUCUCUCUCAGCCUUACUUCUCCCCAAGAAGAACAGCCCAAUCCCGCUUCCUCCUCCUCCCUCACCACGCCGUUCACCAACCCCCGUUCCCGCCCUGAACUCUCGUCCCUGACGGAUAUUUUGACCGAGCUUGCGGGAGAGCUGGUGAUGAACCAGGAAGUCAUGGACAAGACAAGAAGCUUGGAGAAUAAGCUCGAGUAUCAGAUUAAGAAGCUCGUCGGGCUCGCCGAGGCAGAGGAGAAGCGUGGGAAAGAGGUAGUCGAAGAUGUCGAAGAAGACCCAUUAUCAUUCCGACCCAACCCCACGGCUAUCGUCAACCGAAACGCUCCCAAGCUCCGAGAAGGCACUCCCUCCGACGACGACGAAGCUGAGGGCGGCGACGGUAUCUACCGACCUCCCCGAGUGGCCGCCAUGCCCUACUCUGAAGAAGGCGCCCCCUCCCGGCGCGAACGCGAGCGUCGUGCCCCCGCUCUCCUCUCCGAAUUCGCCGCCACGAUGGACUCUGCUCCCUUACUCGAGUCUACCUCUGGCUUGUCUGUCCGCCCGACAUCGAGCACGCUGGCCAAGCAUAGCAACUCCAUAAGCGCCAAGCGCGCUGCAGAGCUCAAGCGGAUCAACGAGUUUGAAGAAGAGAACAUGACGCGUCUGGUCACUUCCAAGAGGGACGAGAAGCGUCGUCGUGAGGAUGAGGAGGCGCUCGCUAUGGGUUUUGGCGUUGGGCCUAGCAGAGGCAGGAGAGGGAGGAACGGAUUGGAAGCCGAGUUGGAAGGCGUUCUUGGGGAAAGGGGUGACAAGGGUGUUUGGGAUGGUGUAUCGGGCAAGUUUGGGGCUAGGGGAGAGGUGUUGGAGAGGGGGAAGAAGAGGACAGGAGGCAGUGGCGCGGGAACGUCAGGAAGUGGGGGCAAGGCCAAGAAGGCGAGGUUUGAGAAGGAGCUCGCAAGGAGGAGAAAGUGA